AGGCGGGGCAAGGUCAUGACGACUUGGACUCCGCUGUGCCAGACUCCAGGCCUCUAUCCUGACUACAACACACAUAAUCUCUGUGAUGGGUCAACUCGGGUUGCACAGCGCACAGUGGAGCUUCACAAAAUACCCUCCUCGCUGUCCUCAGAGUCCGCGUGGGCUCAUGUGGCCAGAGCUCCAGGCGGUCCCGCUGCGCACCUAGGGAUGGGACCCUGCUUCCUCUCGUCCUUCCGGUCACGCAGCCCUAUGCCGGGUUGUGCUGGGAAUAAUCGAGUCCCUGGCCCGGGCCCUGGCUUUACAGAAGCCGGAGGAGGCUCACUGCUGCCCAGCCAGGCUUGGUCCUUGUUCCUCGCCGCUCCGCCCGUCCAGGCAGUGAGCCGGGCGGUCCGCCAGGUGGCGCUGUGGGCCGUUUCCGGGCGCGGGAGAGGCAUGGGAGUGGGGCGGGGCGUGACCCGGAAGCGGACGGCGGGUUCCGCCCCUCGCGCCAGGGGAGGCAGGCUCCCACCGGCCCGCGGAGCUGCAGCCAGCCUUCGCGCCCUCCUCGCCGACAUCAUGCUCCAGUUCCUGCUUGGAUUUACUUUGGGCAACGUGGUGGGAAUGUAUCUGGCUCAGAACUAUGACAUACCAAACCUGGCUAAAAAGCUUGAAGAAAUUAAGAAGGACUUGGAUGCCAAGAAGAAACCCCCUAGUUCAUGAGGCCGACUCCGACUCCAGGGCUGCCUUCUGGAUACACCGAAUCAUCUACUACUCUCGAGGGCCUUCUUUAUCAUUCAAACCAAAAGCUUUUGUUUUCACCUCCAGUCUCAAUGAUUUCCUUUUUCGCUAGACCCUGUAUUGCCUCAAAGCAAAAAUGGGGCCACAGUUAAGAACUAUCCUUCUACUUUCAACAUCUUCACCUCUUUCUAUUCUCUUUCCAGCUGCUUGGGAGGUUCUGAGACUGGAAUUAUGGUGCUAGAUUAGUAAAUAAGACUUUUAAUUCGUAAUCGCUCCCUUAUUCUUUGGGAUUUCUACUCUUUUUGUCAAAAGAAAAAAUGAUGAAGUUUUUUUUUUUUAAUAGCCAGUCAGCUACAAGUAAUGCUGAUUUCACAGUUAGCAGUUAUAAUGGGUGCUUGUUAAACAUUUGGUACUAAAUUAUGUCAUUUCAGAGUAAUUAAAAUUAAUAUCUAGAAGCCAGUUUCUGGUGAAUUAUCUAUUUGUUUUAUACUCUUGUCAGGCAGUUUCAUAAUUGUUAAUUUAACCAAUAAAUCAAUUUGCUAUAUAUUAACUGAGAAACUAUCCUAAGAAUCCCAUCAGGAACUGGGGAGUUUAAAAUAAGCAAAAUAAUGGUCUUUGUCCCAGAAUUUAGUCCCUUUUAGUACAUAUAUUUUUCCUAAAUGACAUAUUUAAUCUGACUCUUCUCUCAAAAAGAAUUACAUUUGGGAUUAUAGAUACAUUUGACAUUACAUGAUAGCUAACUGAGAAGUUGUCUGUCAAAGAAAUUUCAUUCCUUUCACAUUAAAAACAAGUAUUUACAUUAUAAUUUUAUAAUGAUUCUCAUAUAAACUAUGUGGCCUAAAUAUAUAGUAAGAUCAGCAUCUCAGGAAGGAGAAUUUCUCCUGCUUUCCACAAUUGAUGCUGUUCUUUUCUCCCUGCAGUCAGAAAUUACCCUUGAAAUUUAUCAGACGUUUAGU